AUGGUUGCGGUUGUGAUGAUAGUGGUGAUGGUGGGUGAUAAAAAUUUGAUGACGAUAACAUUUGCGGUUGUGAUGAUAGUGGUUGUGCAUAAUCACCAUGGUGGAAAGUCGAAACAACAAAACAAUGGUGUAGAGAAGUCGAAACAACAAAACCAUGGUGAAGAGAAGUCGAAACAACAAAACCAUGGUGGAAAGUCAAAACAACAAAACCAUGGUGUAGAGAAGUCGAAACAACAAAACCAUGGUGGAAAGUCGAAACAACAGAACCAUGGUGUAGAGAAGUCGAAACAACAAAACCAUGGUGUAGAGAAGUCGAAACAACAAAACCAUGGAGAAAAGUCGAAACAACAAAACCAUGGUGUAGAGAAGUCGAAACAACAAAACCAUGGUGGAAAGUCGAAACAACAAAACCAUGGUGUAGAGAAGUCGAAACAACAAAACCAUGGUGUAGAGAAGUCGAAACAACAAAACCAUGGAGGAAAGUCGAAACAACAAAACCAUGGUGUAGAGAAGUCGAAACAACAAAACCAUGGUGGAAAGUCGAAACAACAAAACCAUGGUGUAGAGAAGUCGAAACAACAAAACCAUGGUGGAAAGUCGAAACAACAAAACCAUGGUGGAAAGUCGAAACAACAAAACCAUAAUGUAGAGAAGUCGAAACAACAAAACCAUGGUGUAGAGAAGUCGAAACAAUGA